UGCUUCAGUACACCGUCAGGCUCGUCAAUUGUUGGUCAACCUUCGGACAGAGUGCUUGGCAUUUUUUUUUUGUCGGUGCUCAUAUGUCGCGUGUUAUUUUACAAAGUAAUUAUUAUAAACAGUUAAUUGAAAAUAUAAAAAAAGGAAUAAACGUCAAUAAAAUCAAUGAAAAUAAUUUGGAUUAAUAUAAAAUUAACAAUUUUUAUAUAUUAUUUUCAAAAUUUUUAUUUUCUUUGGAAAAAUAAUGUAUACUAAUACAGUUGAUAUUUCGGUUGACAGUGACGUGGUGUUGAAAUAUUUUCUUUUAUAAAAAUUAUAAAUUUUUUUAUAAAAUUGAGUAAAAAAAAAAGAAAAAAAAAAUUGUGUCAAUUUGUCAAAUAAAAGUGUAGCUAUCAGUUGAUAAAAAAAAAAAAUAGUUUUUACUAAUAUUAUUAUUAUCGUCAUUUUUCGAUUUUGUUUUUUUUUUUUUUCUAAAUCUUUGAACGGUUUAACGGUUAUCACCAAGUUUUUUAAUUUCGAUUAAAAUUUUUUGAGUAGAAUUAAAUAGUGUGUGUCGAUUUGUAACAAUAUUGGAUUAUUAUUAAUAUUUAUACAGUGAAUAAUAAAAAAAUAUAAACAAAAAAAAAUAAUAAAGGUUAAGGAGACAGCCAUGACGGCAGACAGACUGUUUGAGACCACCAGCAUCCCGGGGCAUCUCGCUCCCACGCCGGAGCGACUUGAGCGGCUUCUUUCAAAACAGACCCUCGAGGAACUAUACGAGGUUGAGGAGCAGCCUUUCGCACGUGGAAAAUAUGCAACAGUAAGAAGAUGUCGAGAAAGAGCAAGUGGAAGACAGUGGGCAGCAAAGUUUUUAAAAAAAAGAAGACGUGCACAAGAAUUAAAAGCAGAAGCAUUACAUGAAGUUGCAGUACUGGAUGCUGCAGCUCAUUGUCCGCAAUUAGUAACACUUCAUCAAGUAUUUGAAACAAAUACAGAAAUGGUUUUAGUACUUGAACUUGCAUCAGGUGGUGAAUUACAAAUGGUAUUGGACAGGGAUGAGGUGCCAGAAGAACGUCAGGUUGUCAGACUUUUGAGACAGAUACUCGAUGGUAUCGCAUUCCUUCAUUCUCACAAUGUUGCACAUCUUGACAUAAAGCCGCAAAAUUUGGUACUGACUGGUGAUUUUCCGGAUUGUGAUGUCAAAUUAUGUGACUUUGGUAUUUCAAGAUACAUAAGUCAUGGUGCUGAUAUACGUGAAAUUUUGGGCACGCCUGAUUAUGUUGCUCCAGAAGUUCUCAAUUAUGAAUCAAUAAGUUUGGCAACAGACAUGUGGUCUGUGGGUGUAUUACUCUAUGUACUACUUACUGGAUGUUCACCAUUUGGUGGUGAUACCAAACAAGAAACAUUUUGCAAUAUAAGCCGAUGUCGUCUUGACUUCCCAGAUGAUCUUUUUGAAGAUGUAUCUGAGGAGGCCCGGGAUCUCAUGCAAAAACUCAUGGUCAAAGAUCCAAGUAAACGUCUGACAGUGACAGAAUGCUUGCAGCAUCCCUGGUUAACAAUGUGUAUUGAUCCACAAACAUCAGUAACAUUAACGACAAAUAAAAUUGAUGAAAUAAAUGAUGAAAUAGAUGAUAUUAAUAAUGGCAUUGUAACAAGUAGAUCAGAGCCAAUAAUAACACUUGAAAGAUGUUCAACACCAGAGCCAGUAUCAACAGUUGAUAAAUCACCAAUAAUAACAGAAAUAAUAAAUGAAAAUGAAGAUACAGAUUCACCGAUAAAUAAUAAAAUUCAAACAACAACAACAGCAUCAUCAACAACACCAACAACGACGACAACAACAACAACAAUUUACAAUACAAAACAAAGAUCACCAACAAUGCCAUUGAGAAUUGGUCUAAGUCCAGAUCGUAGGGAUACAUUUAAAAGAAAUAUGGAUUCACUUGCACAAAAAUUUUCAUCUGGUGCUGAAAUAGUUAUUAUUGAACAAACAAAUAAUACACAAAGACGUGCUAUUGGUAAUCAUACAAUGCCAACUGGUGAAGUAUUUAAAUGUACACCGGUUUUUAUACUUGGUGAAGAGCAACAAUGUAGUGACAGUAGUAGCGACACAGUAUCUGAAAUAUCAACAGAUAGUUCAAGUGAUCGUAGUAGUAUAUACUCUGAUGAUUCAUUAGAUUUUAUAUUGUAUGGUAAAAAUCAAGGUAGAUCUAGUUAUCCAUUUUCUGGUAUCGAAACAGACAGAUGGGAUCAUAGACAUACACGUGCAUGGCCACGUGAAUGUAAUGGAGUUGUUAGUAAAGCACUAAGUCGUUUUACAACUGAACCAAUUGAUAGUAAAAUUAAUAAUAAUAAUACAAAUAAUAAUUCAACAACAACAACAACAUCAUCAACAUCAGCAACAACAACAACAACUGUAUCAUUAACAAGUAAAGCUAAAACUGGUCUUGAGGCAUUACGUGAACGUGGUGGUAAUCUUGUUGUUAUACGUGAACCAGUUAGAGCUGGAAGAUACACAAGAUACAGUGAAGUACAAUGUGAAUCUGUACAAGCAAGAAUUCGAAGAUUUCAAAUACAAGGUGGCUCAUAAUAAUUUAAUUUUUAAAUAUAUAAAUUUAAUAAAAUAUUGUUCUCCAAUCAACGGAAAACAGGGAUAAACUUUUCUUUUUUUUUUUUUCACUUUACUUUACGAGUUUAUCAAAUAGUUAAAUAAAAUACCAGAUAAAUGUAAAUUUAUAUAAAAAAACAAUACUAAAUUGUAUGUGAAUUGUGUGAAUAUUAUUAUUAGUUGUAAAUAUAUUAUUUUUUGUUAUGAAUGAAUAUUAGUGGGCAAGCCAAAGUGUGAUUCGUUAUCUUUUGAUGACUAUUUUUAUGUAAUCUUACUUGAUAAACUCGUGAAUAUAUUUAAAAAAUAAAAAAGUAUAUUUAAUGAUAAAAAUUAUAUUGUUUAUAAUAUUAUUUUGUAAAUAAUUAAUCAAAGACAUUGUUUAGGCUUUUAAUUUUAUUGUAAAUGAAAUUAAUCAAAUGAUCAUUUGAUGAAAUUAAUUAAGUUUGAAUUAAUAGGGUCGUAUUGUCCCUCUGCCGAAUUACCAACAGACUGACCGACCGUCCCUCCAAUUAAUUACUAAUCGGAUUGUAUACAAAAUGUAACGUUGCAUAAUUUUAAUGAAAUAAUAAAAAUUAAAAAUGAUUUUUGAAUGAUAAUUAUACAAAAGAAAAUCAGUAAAUUGCCAUAUUGACAAAUGUCAUUUUUUAUUUUAUUUGAUUGUUCUUUAAUGCAAAGACAUUUUUAGUUUUUUUUUUUUUUUCAAUAUCUUUGGUGCCUUUGUACUAAUAAUUAAGUCACACUGUAUAAAAAAUGCACAGGAGUAUUUAAAAUUUAAUAAUAAAAGCAGGAAAAAAAUAUAAAUCACGUUCAUGUAAUUGUUGAAUAAUUUUUUUAACGAAUUUAUUAAAACAUGUGAGACACACGUCAUUCAAUUAGUGAUAAUGCAAUUUAUUCAUUGAAGUUAAUUGUUUGAUAAACAAAUGAAUUGUGUGAUUAUAUUUUUUUCUUGUUUAAACAAAAAAACUGAGCUGUGCCUUAUGUUAUCAAUUUUUCUAAAAAAAAAAAAUACUGUAUUUAAUAAUUAAACAAUUUAAAAUGUAUCACGAUCAAAAUUGAGAGCUUAGACUAGUAUCUAGGCAUCUUUAAUUAUAUUCAAAAUAUAAAAAUUAUUAUUUAAAAAAAUAUUAAAAUCGUUACUUGUAUCAUUCGAUUAGCUAAAUUAAAUUUUUUUUUUUUCUUUCAUUUUUCUUUUGUCAACGAAAUUCAUCAUGAUGCUCCAAAAUAAUUUAUGUAAUAUUGUCAUGGUAUAAUUAUUUAUUAAUAUUAUAAAAAAAAAAAUUAUAUAUAUUUACAAAUUUAGAAAAUUUAUAAAAGAUGAAAAAAAAAUUAUGAAAAUUAUUUUCGAGUUCGAAAUAUCUCGAGAUAGAAAAUUAUUAAAAAUAGAAAAAAAUGACAUGCGAUUCGUGGAGCUAUUAAAUUUUAUAUUUUUAAUUUAAAAAAAAAAAAACAAAUUAACGUAUGACGUUGAUUGUAUAUGAUAUAUAAUAUUUGUGUAGUUGAAUUAUUAUUAUUAUUUUUUGUAUUUAAUUUAUCAUAUUUUCUUAUGAAUUUUUCAAGUUAAAUUAUUCAAAUCGAGCUGGUGAUGGAAUUUAAAAAAAAUUUCUUCAGGCAACAGGUUAUAUUAAUUGUGAUCGAAAUAAUUAUUUUAUCUUUAUUUGUAAAUGCUAGUCAUAAUUUCGUGUAAUUUUUCGAAUCCGAUAAUCUGUUGUCUGAUUGUUAAAUAUUAUUAUUUUUUUUUUUUCUCAUUUUUUCUUUUGUCAUUUGAUAAAUUCAAAAUACUCAACUUUUUUUUGUUUAAUCUGUAAACUGUCUAGUUUAUGUAAUGCUAAAUAUUUUUUUUUAUAUUUCGAUAUGACAGCAUGAAAAUAAAAUUAUGUUUUUUAAUUUUUCAAUUAUAAUUUUCAUGUUAUUAUUUGUACAAUAAUAUUGGAAUGAAAUAAAUUUAAUUUAUUGAUUUUCAAAGGUCAAUUAAAAAGCCCAGUAUCAACAAUUAAUUAAUAAACAAUUGAUUUAAAUUUAAAAAAAUUUAAUUUUACAAAUAAUGUAAAUUUUAUAAAUUAAACUUGUCAAAGUGUCAUGAUAAAAAUAAUGUGAGAAUUUUUUUUUUCAAAAAAAAAAUAAUUUUUUUUCUUCAAUGAUUUUUUUUUUGUAUUAUAAAUAAUUUCAAGAAAAAGGCUGGAACACGAAAUCAAGUUUACCUUAUUUGUUCAUUCAAACAAUAUAUAUUAUUUUAUUAAAAAAAAAUUUUUUCUCAUUUUACAAUCCAUUUUCGAUAAAUAAAUUUUUUUUUUUCGUGCUCCAUCUGUUUAUUUAUUCAUUCAUUAUCAUUAACUUUAUGUUUUAAUAAAAUAUAUAUAUAAUAUUCAACAUUACAUAUAACACGAAAAAAACAAUCAUUUAAUUUAUAAAUAAUUGAUGUGUAAAUAUUAUUUUAGAAAUUGUAUUUUAAUUUUAAUAUCAAUGCAAAAUAAAUGCUAUUUCAAAAAAAAAAA